AAGCAAAUAAAACCCCAGCUAAACCUUCAUUCUAAUUUCUACAAACUCAUCGAUUCUCCUUCCUCCUCUUCAUAUCACCAUCUUCACUGAUUAGGGUUUCUUCUUUCUGCGCAUCAACACUCAUCGAUUCAACAUUGUUCGAUUAUCAAUUUUUCACUCCGCGACCAAGAUGCCUCGUCCCAAACGAAAAGCGGUCCCACCAAUCACUUCUUCUGACGUCGAUUCUUCUAUUCGUACCGAGCCGAAGAGAACAACUACAAAGCAAUUUGAACGAAUAGAUAACCUGUUUGGGUUGUAUGCAAAUAAAUCAAUGGGUUUGAUUGACCCAGAUGGGAUUGAAGCACUUUGUAAAGAUGUUAAUGUGGACCAUACCGAUGUUAGAAUGCUGAUACUUGCUUGGAAACUGAAAGCCGAAAAGCAGGGUUAUUUUUCUAAGGACGAAUGGCGAAAAGGUCUCAAAUCUUUAGGGGCUGACACACUCCCAAAAUUAAAAAAAGCAAUAAAUGGACUGAAGAAAGAGGUGACGGGUCCAGAAUGCUUUGAGGAUUUUUAUUCCUAUGCAUUUCAAUACUGCCUCACAGAGGAUAAGCAAAGGAGCAUAGAUAUUGAGACCAUAUGUGAGCUGUUAACUAUUAUUCUGGGAUCUGAAUUCCCUUCUCAAGUCAAUUUACUAACAGAGUAUCUAAAGAUCCAAAAUGACUACAGAGCGCUAAGCAGGGAUCACUGGAUAAGUUUUUAUCGGUUUUUUAAAGAGGUAAGCUUUACAGACCUACAAAAAUAUGAUUCCAGUCAAGCCUGGCCAGUGAUCGUCGACAAUUUUGUUGAAUGGUUGAAAGGAAAAGAAAAAGAAAUAUAGUUAUCACCUCCGAGUUUCAGUUUGAAUUUACUCAAACUCCGAUCUAGAAUUCUGUUUGAAGCGGUUACAAUUGUAUAUGGCUGUUGAGUAAUCUGUUUGCAGUUUUCUGCAAAUUUUGUUAUGAUUGAUCAUAUGUGUAACAACACUUCAAUAUAGUGUCAACUGUCAAAGCUAUCUCGAUGCUUGAGUUUAUAGGCCGGAGAUUUUGUUUUUGAGCAAUUUUUGUUUAGUUAUGCCAUUUUUUUCACAUCUUUUGUGUAUGUUAACAAUUUCUGUAGUCAAACUUUCUACAAUGUGUC